GAAGAAGAAGAAGGUGAACAUGAAGAUGAUGAUGAUGAUGAGGAGGAUGAUGAUGAUGAGGAGGAGAAGAUGAGACAGAGAGGACGAAGAGAAGAAGAAGAAGAGUUAACUCAGACCGAAGGAUCCAGAUUUCCUCCAACCAGCUGGUCUGUUCUGGUCUGAACUGGUCUGGACUGGUCUGGUCUGGUCUGGUCUGAACUGGACUGGGAAUGGCGGGUCGGGGGGGUCGAGGUCGGAGGAUGAUGAGCUUCAGUGUGGAGGCCGUCGGGAUCAACAGAGGAGACAGUUUACCUCCAACUACCCAACAACCUACAGCCCUCUACCCUGUGAUGGAGCACAAGCCCCUCCCCCUCACAGGUGGAGAGGAGGUGGAGUAUCUGUUGGCUCUCAAACAAGAGUUCAGAGGAGCCAUGAAGAGUCUGCCCUUCUUCAUCCAACCUGCUGCUGCUCACAGAGAUGUGGAGCGGUACUCUGAUAAAUAUCACAGCAGCGAGCAGACGGACAGUCAGAUGGACUGGACUCCAGACUGGAAGAGAUUCCCCAAAGAACUGAGAGUUCAUGUCAGGAAAACUCCUAAAGACGGUUCGGAGGUUCGUUGCAGCAAAACUUCGUCUGGACCAAAGAAGAAGAAAGUAAAAGAGAAAGAGGAAGUACUGAUCAAACUGGAGAGCCUGGAGAAGAAGGAGGAGCAGGAGAGCUCUGAGGAAGAGGAGGGAGAGGAGAAGAAGAAGCAGGAGGAGGAAGAGGCCGAGGCAGAGGAGGAGUACGAUGAGGAAGAGUUUGAGGAGGAGACAGACUACAUCAUGUCCUACUUUGAUAACGGAGAGGAGUUUGGAGGAGACAGCGACGAGAACAUGGACGAGGCUAUUUACUGAAGAUCAGCCUUUCUCUCUCCUUCCUUCCUUCCUUCCUUCCUUCCAUCUGUGCUUCCUCUCGCCUUCUUUCUUUCCUUCUUCUCCCUUUCUCCCUUUCUCCUGUCCUUCCUCCCCCUACCUUCCUCUCUUUCUUCUUCUCGCCUU